UUCUACCAUUGGAACAUUUGGGGAUCAGUCGCAGGAUAAAAACGAAAAAUGUUCAAAUUCACUUUCAUUUUGUCCGUUAUGAUCAUAGGCGCUCUUGUUUGGGCUGAUGAUGCGGAUGACAGAAAAGACUGCGACGCGUGUGGUAAAGUGUGCGAACCUCUUUGCGGCACGAAGCAAUUCAGGAUCUGCUGCCAUAACAACUUAGGAACGAAACGUGAAGCCCCAGCCUACAUGGCCCCAGCUGCACCUGCCGAUACGCCUUUGGCCAAAGAUGCUUAACAGUAACACUUCCAACCUAACGAAACCUAAGCUAUGACGCAUGAUGAAAAUAAUAUAAUUUGAAAACGUUUUAAAAAAAUUACACUUCUAAAAAUAUGGACACAAUAUCUAUGCUCUCCUUAUUUUUACAUAUUUGGUUGGCGAUUUGGUUGUUUCUACAUCAUUUUUCUUGAUCAGAGUUGAAUAUUUAGGUAGGUAUUGUUCCCUGUCUUCAUAUAGUAAUUGGCAAAAAUAAAUGGCUAACAUUAUGA